AUGGCGCCCGAUAAGACGGCCCUCGACUUUGUCGACUUUGUCAACGCGUCACCGACGCCGUACCACGCCGUGCGGUCGGCGUCGGAGCGCCUGGAAAGGGCCGGCUUCGAGCUGAUCCGCGAGCGCGAAGGCUGGGCGUCGACGGUGCGUCCCGGCGGCAAGUACUACCUCACGCGCAACGGGUCGUCCAUCGUGGCCUUUGGCAUCGGGCGGCGGUGGCGACCUGGAAACCCGGUGGCCAUGGUCGGCGCGCACACCGACUCGCCCUGCCUUCGGGUCAAGCCCGUGUCGAGGAAGUCGGCCGUAGGGUACAUGCAGGUGGGCGUCGAGACGUACGGCGGGGGCAUCUGGCACUCGUGGUUCGACCGAGACCUCAGCCUGGCGGGGCGGGUGCUCGUGCGCGAGGGCGACAGCUUUGUCCAGAGGCUCGUCAAGGUGGACAAGCCCCUCCUGCGCAUCCCCACCCUCGCCAUCCACCUCAACCGGUCGGCGUCCUUUGAGCCGAACAAGGAGACGGAGCUGUUCCCCAUCACCGGGCUGGCAGCCGCGGAGCUGAACAAGGGCGGGCCGUCGCAGCAGAAGGACGACGGCGGCGGCGAGCGGGCCGGGGUCGAGGGCGAGGACGAGGAGUUCAGCCCGCUGGCCGACAUGGCGGAGCGCCACCACCCACACAUCAUGGACGUGAUCGCCGGCGAGCUCGGCACCGACGUAGCGGCCAUUGCCGACUUCGAGCUGACGCUGUACGACACGCAGAAGUCGUGCAUCGGCGGCAUCAACGACGAGUUCAUCUUCUCGCCGCGCCUAGACAACCUCAACAGCACGUACUGCGCAGUCGAGGGCCUCAUCUCGUCCGUGAGCGACGAGGCCGCCCUGGACGAGGACUCGACGAUCCGUCUGAUCGUCUGCUUCGACCACGAGGAGAUCGGCUCCACGUCGGCGCAGGGCGCGCACUCCAACCUGAUCCCGUCGGUCCUCCGACGCCUGUCGGUCCUCCCCGGCAGCGGAGGCGGCGGCGGUGCCGGCACGCGGGCCAGCGGCGGCAGCGACGCCAGCAGCUUCGAGCGCGUCAGCGUCGACAACGACUACUCGGCGGCGGCGGCGGCGGCGACGGCGACGGCGCACGAGCAGACGCUGUCGCGGUCCUUCCUCAUCUCGGCAGACAUGGCGCACGCCGUCCAUCCCAACUACGCGGGCAAGUACGAGUCGUCGCACCAGCCGGCCAUGAACCGCGGCAGCGUCAUCAAGGUCAACGCCAACCAGCGGUACGCCACCAACUCCCCGGGGAUCGUGCUGCUCCAGGAGUGCGCCCGCGCCGCCGAGGUGCCCCUCCAGCUGUUCGUCGUCCGCAACGACUCGCCGUGCGGGAGCACCAUCGGUCCCGGGCUGGCGGCCGCCCUGGGGAUGCGCACCCUCGACCUCGGCAACCCGCAGCUGAGCAUGCACAGCAUCCGCGAGACGGGGGGGGCGGCCGACGUGGGGUACUCGGUCAGGCUUUUCGACAAGUUCUUCCGCAGCUACGGGGAGUUGGAGCCACGAAUCCUGGUAGACUAG